GAAGCGCGUGGGUAGAGAAGGGCUUAAUUCCUGGGUUCCCAUGGGUGGCUGUGUGUUUGCUGGCUUUUAUUUCAUUCUUCAGCUUCUUCUCCGAGCCCCCCUCCUGCUUCUUUGUCCCCCUUUGCCCGUAACUCAUUCCCUGGCGAUACAUGGCCUUUGCUGGGGGACCGACCCCCCUCCCGAGAUCCUGCCCUUCCGGGUGCACUGUUGCCAAGGGAGAUGGGGGCCGAGCACCCCUAUAAAGCUCCGGCCAGAGGCCCAGGGAGGCCAGACGCAAAGCAGCCGGCCCCUUAGCCCUUCCUGGACCAAGGCAGUCUACCUGCUGGUUUCCCCAAGGAACAUGCUGCCCGCAAUGAAGCCCAGACCACCUCUUCUCCUCCUCCUCCUCCUCCUCUGCCUCCUGCUGCCAGCUUCCCAGACCCCUGUCCGCUCUCCCCAGCUGCUGCUGGAAAUUCUCAGGCAGGACCUUGCACUUCUGCUGUCCGGCGAUGAAGCGGGCCCUCGCCUGCUCCCCCUUGGCUCUGCACCCCCACCCUUAAGCAGGCAGCCUUCCCCCAGGCUCCCAACCCUCCACCCUGGGCACCCCUGGCACUAUGUCCUCCACGACUGGGCGAAGACGCAGAGGAGGCUCCGAGGACGGCCCAAGAAGACGGCUCCGCUGGGCUGCUUCGGGAUCAAGCUGGACCGGAUCGGGACCUUCAGCGGCCUUGGGUGCUGACAGUCCCAUGCCGGUGACGAGGCCCCUUUGGGGCUGAACAACUUCCUCGGGACAAAAGCACCACCCUGGGCUUGCAAAGACUUCGCCUGGCCUGUUCCUGGUGCUCCUAGGUAGCUGGCUGGAACAGAACUUCAUUUUUACACUAAAUA